UUUACAAACGUCAUCUCCUUGGUUAUGUUUUUUUCUUGAUAAAACAGAGAGAACCCACAAGCAUCGUCUUCUCCUCCUCCUCUUCUCCCAUUUUUACGACUAUAUACAUACACAACAUAUAUCAACCAAUACAUACAGAUACGUAUAGAUAAUCUGUAUCUAUCGCCAUCAAUCGAACAACUUCGAAUUUGCAAUCAUCGAAACCCCAAACCCCCUCAUUUGAUCCAGGUAGAAUUAUCAACCCUAGAUUCUCAAUAAACUUCAAUUUCAACAUCUGAUUACGAAUGGAACCCUAGAAUUGUGUGAAUCGUAUUGAGCAUUACCUGUUUGUAUAUAGUUAUGAAAAGAAGAGGUUGUACGCGAUAUUAGGAUUUGCAUUGUUUUUUAUCAGGAGGUGGAAGUCGAAUUGGAAAUAGCUGAGCUGGUUUUGUGGUGAAGAUUUGAUUGUUUGUUGUGCAAGAUCGGAGCUGAAUUACUGUUCGGUAGCUGUGUAUAAUUUAUAUCCGGUUUCAUUUGAAUUGGAGUUUCGGGAAUUUAGAUUGAUGCUGACCUUGGAUUGACGUUUAGAAUUUUGGGUUGGUUGAUUAUGAUAUAAAUUUCGGUGAUUUAUUGCGAACUUGGAUAGUUGGAAUCUGAUUGGAUCGCUUUUUCCUGAGGUUGAUUUGGGAGAAGUUUGUAGAACAUGAAUUGAAUCUUGUUUGUUAUUGUUGAUUUAUUGUAUCAAGCUUUUGUGGGUGAAGCAUAUUUAUUUGAUAGUGGUGCUACUUAUUCGUCGUGGGUGAGGUUAGCUGGUGCGCAAGAAUGAGCUUGGAGAAUGAAGAUGGAAGUGCCACCAAUAACGUCUCUGAAAUUGGUGAUGAAGUUCGGAAGCAUCCAAAAGUAUCAUAUACAAGAGAGUUUCUUUUGUCACUCGGUCAACUGGAGAUUUGCCAGAAGCUACCAACUGGGUUUGAUCAGUUGAUCCUGAGUGAGCUUGAGGACACCUCACGUGGCAUACAAGACCGCCAAAAAAUACCUGGAAGCUUGCCAUCUCAAGGUUUCAGACGCAAUGAUUAUAGUUCGUCUCCACCUACUCGUGGGGAUUCUGAUGGCAGUUCCAGAGGCAUUUAUGGAAGAUGGGACAGCCGUUCCUCAGGGCGUAGUGAUCGAGAUAGUGAUUCACAAUCAGAUAAAGAUUCAGAUCCUGGUAGACGCUAUGGUAAUCAAGGCAGACGCACUUGGCAGAGUUCUGAGCAUGAUGGGCUUCUUGGAAGUGGUUCAUUUCCCAGGCCAUCUGCGUAUGCAUCUGGGACUGCAACCAAGGUCCGAACAAGUGAUAACUAUCAACUUAACAGGAGCAAUGAGCCAUACCAUCCUCCUCGCCCCUAUAAGGCAGUACCUCAUUCUCGUAGAAACACUGAUGCAUGCGACGAUGAGACCUUUGGUUCAAUUGAGUGUGCAAGUGAGGACAGAGUGGAGGAGGAAAGGAAAAGAAGAGCUUCUUUUGAGUUGAUGAGGAAGGAACAGCAGAAGGUUCUUCAAGAGAAGCAGAAACCGAAUGUAGAGAAGCACACAGCUGAAUUUGAUUCAGAAAUCUCGGUACUGCUGGAAGAUGAUAAAAAGGAUCGGGGGCUUCUAGACAAGAAUACUAAAGUAGAUAUAAUGGACAGCCAGCCUAUCACAAAUAAUGAUUCUGGAAAAUCAUCUUCCUCUUUACAGAAUCUUCCAUCUAGACCGCUUGUGCCCCCGGGCUUUAAAACCACUGUUACGGAUAAGACUUCUGGCUCAACAACUUUGAACCAGUCAUGUUUGACAGAGAUAGGGAAGCAUGAAACUGAAGAAAUUUUAUUGGAAGCCAAAGCCGACGCCCAAAAUGGUAUCCAUCAGAGCUUAGAAAGAGAGAGCUUCCAAGAAAUUAGUUCGAGUGAUCAGCUUGAGCACAGUUGUUUGUAUGCUUCAGUUUUGAAGAAGAAUGACCAAAUUGUGAACUUGUCAGUGGGUUCAGAUGAUUCCGAUAGGAAAUAUAGCAUGAGAGAUCAUUCACUCCGGACUUCAAGUUUAGAGGAACAUGAAGCUUUGAACAAGCCCUUGAUUUUGAAACUCAAUGCCCAGAAUUCAGGGGGCAAAUAUGUCGAGGAGUCCAAUAUCAACAAUUCAAGUUCCAUCCUGGACAAGAUUUUUGGAAGUGCCAUUGCAAAUCUCACCGACUCUGUUGCUCCAGUUAUGAAUGAAGGUAGUAAACCAAGUGAAACAUUAGACUCCAAAGCUGUUCAAUCAUCGAAAUUUGCUCAUUGGUUUUUCGAAGAAGAGAAGAAGCAGGAAGAUGAUCCUUCAUCAAGCAGGCCUGGUGAUCUGCUUGCAUUAAUUGUUGGUGGAGAUAAAAACAGAACACAACCUUUUGUGGCUAAUCCUUCAGAUCAAUUCCCAUCAGAAUUCUCCUAUCAUAGUCCUGAUCCUACAAGUAAGUUUGUCUCCAAUUUACCUUCUUCGCCACUUGGGGGGCCUGAGCCUGUGUACAAGCCCAGUAAAAGGGAGGCAGCACCCACCAUUCUUACUUGUGAAGACCUUGAGCAUACAAUGUUGUCCAAGUUCAGCGAAAAGAAGUCUAAUUCGCAGCCACAAGGCUGGAAUACUAAUCACACAAAGCCUAAGGAACCUGUAAUUGUGGAUAGCCAGGCAUCUCAACACCUCCUUUCAUUAUUACAGAAGAGGCCAGAUCAUGGAAAUGUGACAGAGAAGUCCAAUGCUGGAAUUGAAUCAUUGGAGGCACGUGGUGAUAUUACCAUGCAAGACAGAUCUAAGAAGGAAGAUAAUAAGGAUACACUCACACUUGAAUCGCUUUUUGGAACUGCUUUUAUGACGGAAUUACAAUCUGCACAAGCUCCAGUUUCAGUUCAGAGGAUUUCAGUUGGUUCUGGACUAAAUGUUUCUCUGGAAGCUCAAAAAUCGUCCUUGCCUGGUUCUGAUGAUACCCUUUCUUCUUCGAUAAUUGAUGAUAGAGCAACUAAGGAGAAUAUUGUCAUAUCUUCAAAUUGCAGAGAUCACACAAAGCUGGAUAAGGCAGAAAACUGGUUGGGAUGCAAUGAUUCCUUGUAUGAAGUCAAUUCCUUAAGGUGCCAGACUGAAGCGGUCUCCAGAAAUGGUGAUUAUCGGGCUGGUGGAUUUCAUCUACCUGAAGGAGAGAGGUUAUUUAGUGUUGGUGAUCCUUUGGUACCCCAGGUCUCAACGUUUAUGCCCGCAGGAAAUAUGGGUAAAGGUGACUUGGUGACUGUUAAUUCAGUUGGCAGUGAUCAAAUGUCUUUGAUGGGUCCAGGAGCACUGCCCUUUCCACGGGCUUCUCAUGAACAGAUAGAGUCUGAGAUGCUGUUUCACCAUCUCCAUGGUCAACCAUCAUCUUCUCAGUUUCACCAUUCGCAAAUGAGUCAAAGGAAACCAUUACUUCAUCCAUUGGAUUCUCGUCCUGCUCAUUUGAACACUCAGAUUUUGUCUGGUCCAGAGGGCAUGACUCGACACGAUGCUCUUCCAGGUCAUCAAUUUGCUGGAAAUAUGAUAAGACCUCCUUUUCACCACCCUAAUGCUAGGGUGACAGGGUUUGAUAUUCCUGCUCAUCAUCCUAUGCUGCAGCAGAUGCAAAUGUCUGGAUCUCACCCCCGUCAUCUGCUACAUGACCGUCUAAGUGGUGGUCCAGUUCCUUCACAUUCCAGUAAUCAGGCAGCUGGCUUUGUGCAUGAAGCUAACCCAAUGCAAGGGUUCCCUUUUAAGCCUCACCAAGUCAAUGUUAAUGGGAUUGGGAUGCAAAUUCCAGGGCCAGAUAUCAACAGCCGAAACAAUCAUCCUGAUGCCCUGCAAAGGCUUUUCGAGAUGGAGCUUAGGGCUUCUAAGCAGAUUCACCCCUUUCCUGCUGGGCGGGGACAGGGGAUGUAUGGUCACGAGCUUGACAUGGGAAUGCGACAUAGAUAGUUUGCAAUUUAAGGUUAACGUCUUUCAUGUGGUACUGAUAUAGACCAUCACUUAUGGGCAAGAUAUCAGGGGAAAUGACGUAAUACUUAGAUUCUACUUUUUCGUACUAGGUGGUGGGUUUAGGGUUGCUUGUCUGUCAUCUCUACAUACAUCAGUGAGGAGUGGCUGGAAAGGGCCUCUGUAUCAACAUCUCUUGCUAUAUUGUGCAAACAUGGUUGUGGAAAUUCUCGUCAGUUCUUCUUGAUCUUCCUUGUGUUCCUGAUCUGAUUGUUACCCGCUCGCUCUCUUAUUCCCUUCCCUUUUCUUGGACAUGUCUUUUAUUUUUCCCCGGAAAGAACUGUGUUGUAUAGCACCACAAUUCAGGCUAUUCCUAUUUCAAAUAUGGAGGCGGAGUAGCAACGAUGGGCAUGGAUGGUGCUAAAGAAGCUGUCUGGUUAAUUUCUCUAGUGCCUUGUAUUAGUAGAUAAUUGUUGCAAGGAAAAUGCAAUGAAAGAAAGCAAAAAGGAGGACAGUGCAACUUAUACUAGCUGGUCUAUGAGGUUGUUAUAUCUCGAGUGUUGUUUAUAAGUUGUAGUAAUUAACUUAGACCUACAAUUUUCAACUCAGUUUGAAUUGCAGGAUAAAGAUCCUACUUGAACUCA